AUGGCGGUGAUGUACAGAUAUACAGUCACGGUUACGGAGACGGUCAAUCCGUAUGCAAUGAUGCUCAAGUCCAUUUUGAUCGUCGUAACAGCAUUCAUGGCGAUGGAACUGAUCAUGAACAUUAUCGACUCUCUGAUGGAGGACAAGAAGGAAAAAAGAAAAGGAGAAGAGAAUGAAAAAUGCGAGAAAAAUUACAAAUGCUGA